AAAGGCCUGAGUCGAUCUCUUAACGAAAUGUCCGAAAGAUGGAACGAAACAAAGUACGAAUACUUGAAUAUUUAUUUUGUUAUUUUGUUGUAUGACUCACAUUAAAUUCCGUCUCAAUCUCGCCUUCGACAAGAAAGAAGGGAAAAACGACUGCUAAGAGUACCUCUCUACGUUAGUAGCUCGCGUCCGUUCCGUACCUGAACAACACGAGACAAACUAUCGAUGCUUUGGUUACUUUGUACCCUUAGAGGUUAUGAGAUUUGGUUAUAUACUUGUUUUACGAACAAAGCUUUCGAUGCGAAUGUCUUUGGUACUAGAUAAAGAUCGAAUAUACACCUGCGGUGACAAAAAAGUAUUAUGAAACUGCGGCAGUAAACUGAGUAUAUAGGAGGUGAACUAUAUCGCGACAAUCCUGGAUACACGUCGGUCAGAUCAUAGCUAGAGCACAAUGAACAACUAUUCUUACGGAUGGAAACAGGAGGUGAUUGAACCAGAAUUUGUACGACAGGAAACAAAGAAGGUGGAAUUAGGAGAAAAAGGAUCCGGAUUCAGACCACGAGCAGCCGUCCAGGACUUCAGCACUCUCAAGCAAGAAUGUUUAUCAAUGGGCAGACUCUUCGAAGAUCCCGAAUUCCCACCAGUGGACUCUUCUUUAUUUUUCUCGAAACGACCUGAUAGAUACAUAGAAUGGAAACGUCCAAUGGAAAUCGCAGACAACCCGCAACUGUUCGUGGAGGGUUUCUCCAGAUUCGAUGUUCAACAGGGUGAAUUAGGAGACUGUUGGUUGCUGGCCGCAGUUGCGAAUCUUACUAUGGACCCUAAUUUAUUUUUUCAAGUAGUGCCAGAAGACCAGAGUUUCGAAGAGAAUUACGCCGGCAUCUUCCAUUUCAGGUUUUGGCAGUAUGGCAGAUGGGUUGAUGUAGUAAUCGACGACAGAUUACCGACCUAUCGUGGCGAAUUAAUGUACCUACGUUCAGCGGAAAGCAACGAGUUUUGGAGUGCUCUGCUAGAAAAAGCUUAUGCGAAACUUCACGGUUCCUACGAGGCGCUGAAAGGUGGAUCCACUUGCGAGGCCAUGGAAGAUUUCACGGGCGGUGUAACGGAAAUGUACCAAAUGGAGGAAACACCUCCGAAUCUGUUUAAUAUUCUGCUAAAAGCUUUCGAAAGAAACUCGUUAAUGGGCUGUUCGAUAGAGCCCGAUCCAAACGUACUGGAAGCAGAGACGCCUCAAGGACUGAUCAGAGGUCAUGCUUAUAGUAUUACUCGCGUGAAAUACGUAGAAAUUGAAAUGCCAAAUCGGGUAGGAAGGAUACCCUUACUUAGGCUUAGGAACCCUUGGGGAAACGAAGCGGAGUGGAAUGGUCCGUGGAGCGAUCAAUCACCCGAAUGGAGAUUUAUUCCCGAUCACGAGAAGGAAGAGCUAGGUUUAACCUUCGACAUGGACGGUGAAUUUUGGAUGUCGUUUCAAGAUUUCACUCAAUACUUCACCCAACUAGAAAUAUGCAAUUUAAAUCCAGACUCGUUGACCGAGGACGAUUUAAACGCUGGUAAGAAGAAAUGGGAGAUGAGUGUGUUCGAAGGCGAAUGGGUGCGAGGCGUUACAGCUGGGGGCUGUAGGAACUUCCUAGAAACUUUUUGGCACAACCCUCAAUAUCGUAUUACGCUGGAGUAUCCGGAUGAGGACGACGAUAAGUGUACAGUAAUCGUGGCGUUAAUGCAGAAGAACAGGCGAGCACAGAGAAGAAUGGGCGCAGAGUGUCUAACUAUUGGAUUCGCAAUAUACAGCUUGGAGAAUCCUGCACGACUACCCAAACCGUUAGACAUCAAUUUCUUCAAAUACAAUGCAUCCGUCGCGAGGUCGCCGGCAUUUAUAAAUUUGCGAGAAGUCACGUGUCGUUUCAAACUACCACCUGGCGUGUAUUGUAUAGUUCCGAGUACGUUUGAUCCUAACGAGGAGGGUGAAUUUCUGCUUCGAAUAUUCUCUGAAAAUCAGAAUAACAUGGAGGAGAAUGACGAAGAAGUCGGUAUUGGUGAAGUUGAUGAUAGGGUGCUUCACCCUAAAGGUGAUAACGAGCACGGAGAUGGAGAUAAGGUUCGAGAAGAACCGGAACCAGACCGAAAUGAAGAUAAAGUUCGAGAGUUCUUCAAAAAACUCGCUGGUGACGACAUGGAAGUAGAUUGGAUGGAACUGAAGGAAAUCUUAGAUUUUGCAAUGAGAAAAGAACUACCACAGUCGUCGGGUCGUAGUGAGGCUCAUGUCACUGAAACCGUACAAGGAAAUGGUUCGUUUAUCGACACUAUCAUCUCACUGCUGUGCGGCAUUGUUUGUAAUAAUGAACAGUACAAUAAGUCCGUAGAAACACGCGAUAAAGGAUUCAGUAAGGACGUGUGCCGUAGCAUGGUUGCUAUGCUAGAUGUAGAUCAUUCAGGGAAACUCGGAUUCGAAGAAUUCAGAACUUUGUGGAACGAUAUAAGGAAAUGGAGGGCGGUUUAUAAAUUAUACGACAAAGACGAUUCAGGAUUCUUAAGUGCGUUUGAACUACGACAAGCGUUAAAUAGCGCUGGUUACCGACUUAAUAAUCAUAUUCUCAACAUUUUGGUACACCGUUAUGGAACGAAAGACGGCAUGAUCACGUUCGACGACUAUAUAAUGUGCGCUGUGCGACUCAAAACAAUGAUAGACAUUUUCAGAGAACGAGAUCCGGAUUUAACUAAUACCGCAACGUUUACAAUGGAGGAGUGGAUAGAGAAAACCUUAUACUCGUAAUCUAAUCCGUGUGUCAAAAAUGUUGAUAAAGAAAGAUAAAUACGUCAGUGCCGUUCGUAUCGUCCUUGUUACCUGUAGACUGUUUCUUCUAUCAUGAAAAACUUGACGAAUUUAAACUCUACCCGGACCGAACAACUCUUUUUUUAUAUUCAAUUUCCAUGUAACUCGUUUAAGUACACAGUAUCCCACAAUUGGUGGUGCAAUGGAACAAAAGAUGAUCCUUUUUCUAAUGACUUGAUUAAUUUUUUAAGUGUAUCAAAGAAAUAGACAAUGUAAAAUAUAGAAGUAAAAGACAAAAAUAAUAUCAGUUAGUUUUACUACAAAAACAUCUUAUUUUUCCCAAAAAAAUCACUUUGCACCACGUAUUUUGGGAUAUUAUUUACAGAUGAACCGAGGACUUCAUGGAAGAAAAGUAGAAGAAAUGAUCAAGAAUGUAUCUACGUUCUCAUUGAGAAAUUACAAAUAGAAAUCGUACCAUUUAUAGUAAUUUGUCUUUUGCAUUUGUAUUGGUACUAUUAUAUACGUAGGCAAAAACGUGGUUUUACGUGCCUUAAGAUAACUUUGACAGAAUCAUAAUUUUAUACAGAAAGUUCUUCUAUGAAACAUGUAAAUGCUUUAAGGAAAAUUAACGGCCUUCCUUGUUAUGUAAGAUAUACAUAUAUACGAAAAUUGUAUAAGUUAAAAGUAUCCAUCUGAUCUGUAUUCAAAAUAAAAUUCUAUUAUUUUGCA